ACGUAGAGCAGAGAGAGGAGAUGACGGUGAGCGUGGCCAAGAAGGACGAGAUUAUUGCGAAGAAGGAUUCGAUAGGAACUCACAUGUUCUGGGUUGCAUCAGGGAGCUGCAUCUGUAUGCUGGACGGGGUGAUCAUCGACAAGCUGGAGAAGGGGGAGUGCUUCGGGGAGAUGUCUGUCAUGAAGAUCUGCCGGCUGCUGAAGCAGGGCCUGUCCAAGGAACGAGCGCUAUCAGAGGGCAAGAGGGGAGCAGACGUUCAGGCAUCGGAAGACUCUCUCCUCCUUGCUCUGUCCUACGACGACGCGUACAGAUUGAUCAGGGUGGUUCCGAACUUGUGGCUGACGCUGGAAGAUCUUUGCAAGCUGAGGAGCAUGAGGGCUCGAUUAUUGAUUAGUGCUGUCAC